GUCACCCGCUACAACCCACAAUCAACACACUCCGUUGUACGCACACAACCUCCGGGCUACCUCCCUCUCCCAUCACAAACCCCACUACCACAACUAUGAUGAUGAACGGGCAAACGAAGAGCUACCUGUCGGCGGUGAUCUUGCUGCUCGCGGCGGCAAUCCAGGCGGAUGCGUUCAUGGUGGCACCAGCAGCAGCAGGAAAGGUGUCUGCGGGAAACAAGGUAGAGGCUCGCGGGGACGUCUUCAAGCUGAACCUUUCCCCGUACGAGGAGUACAUGGCGUCGAGGGGCGGAGGCAGCAGCGCCCCUGCGCCCGCCCCCGCAGCACCGUCGAGCCCCGCCCGCUCCGCGGUUUCGUCGCCCGCGUCCUCCGGCGGCGGAUCCAAGUGGCAGCCCAAGGCUGACUGGAAGUCGGCCAAGGCCUCGUCCAAGCCCUCUUACGCGCCCGCUGCCGCCUCCCCCCGGCCGCCCACCGCGCGCGCCGCCGCCCCGGCCUACGCUCCCCCCGCCGCGGCCGCCCCGGCGUACACCCCCCCGGCCCCGUACAGCCCCCCCGCCGCGGCUGCACCGGCCUACACCCCCCCAGCGGCUCAGGCCGGCGAGAAGCACAUCGGCACCGGCGGCAUGGCAGACACCCGCGACCCCGACGCCUUGGACCACGAGGACCCCCGCAAGUCCAUCUCCGCCGCGCCUUCGUUCGCGGAAUACCUCAAGUCCAAGCAGAACUAGAGAGGAAGAUGAAUCGAGUGCGAUUGAUUACCCGUGCGACACCUCUCGACUUGUUGUCGAGGAGUUGAGCCGGGUCUGUUGGUCUGACAGGCGUGUGACAUGGAUGGAUCGAUCAUCCCUAAACUCGGCAGCUUGAGUUAAGUGGUUGAUGUAUUUUUGACCUUGGGGGGGGGUGGGUUGAACAGCUACCUCACGACGGCGCUGAAGGAUGAACUUAUUAGAGCGGAAAGGGGAGGUAUCGCGGCGCCACUGCGAAGUAGGUAGUACUUUGAUGUGGAUGGAAUGAGCCGGAUGCGUCACUUCGCGUUGCAUGUAGUCAGAUAUGCUGGGAUAGGUUCUUGGCGGGAGAAGGUAUGCCAAGAACGUCGUAUAGAUUAUGCCGUUUUUUUUUGUUGGGAGUGUGUCGGGUGCGGUGCGAAGCGCACGCAGCCCCCACGCCCCCCCCCACCCAAGCCUUGCCGUUGAUCGAAGGCAAAAUAUUUGUGUCAUGUUACUGCUGCUGACCCAGCGUGCGUAUGGCGCGGAUUUUGAGCAGAACCUGGUGGAAUUAAAGAGACAGACUCCACGUAAUGGCGGUUUAUUGUAUCGUUCACCAGUUAGUGCCCAUAUGGCAACAGACAAGCCAGCUAGUGUCGGCUUGUCGAUCAUUUUUUAUCGAAGAGGAAUUGCUUGUUUUUUGGGGGGGUUACAGUAUCAUCGAGAAAUCAUGCAGAUUUAUUCUGGGGAAUGAAGUUGUAGGGUUGACGAUUUUUUAUGAACCGGGGAAGAACAGUCCACCCACUUGUUUUGUUUGGGUAUCAAACGUUGAGGGAGGAAACCCCGCGGCCGCCCUUCUCUCUGUUCUUCGAUGUUGUUAAUUUCACGAUGAGGGGGGUCGUGCGGAUUUUUGUCACGUGUUCCUCUUUUGAGUGGUGCACUCUGUCCACGCGAUGACUGGUUGAGAAGAACUCGAGCGGCAGAGCCUGCCUACUCUCGGUGACGUCCUUGACGACGUCCUAAGGAGGAAGAAGAGAAGCUCCAUGCAAUGCUGACUGAGAUUUCACUAUCAUCUAUGAACGGCGGAACAUGAGACCUAUGCUACGGCUUGGUUGCAUUCACGAAGAUGAGGUUUUCGUGGCACAUUAAAAGAAAUCGAGGAUUGGCCAGCUAGUGUCGCCGCUGUUUCUUAAUCUUUAAAAGUGUCCGGACAGCUGGUGUUGUUUCCGCGCCUCCUAAAGGUGUCCAACCGUAGCUAGCUUUUGGCGACAGCUGUGUGUCGUCGAUGCGAGUCGUUAGAGUCGAGGAAGGGUCUUCGUCGCGUUCAUUUAAUCAAAACCAAGGCUGGGGUUCCGGUUCACCGCUGUUGUCCCAAUUUAAGAAACAUACAAUCUCAGAUCAGUGUAUGUAUGCAUGCAAUCCUUGCCUAUCGGGUUCGUUCGGUCGUCGCUUUGAACCCUUCGCGUACUUACCUAUGUAUGCGUAUAUGCGACUGCGGCGAUGAAACCCUCCCUUCACGGAUGGAUGCACGUCGUACGUACGUGUGUGUGCGUGUGGGUUAACGUACAAAUCGUUUGGGUCAUCA